CAGUUCUCUCCUUUGUGCAGCAGAGUCUGAUCACCUUACGAACAUCUCAAAUGGCUUUCGCUCUCACCACCUCUCGCAAGGCUCUGCAGGUCGCAUGCAAGGCGACCGGCAAGAAGGCCGCUGCUAAGCCGGCUGCCCCCAAGAGCUCUGGCAUCGAGUGGUAUGGCCCGAACCGCGCUAAGUGGCUCGGCCCCUACAGCGAGAAUGCCACCCCUGCCUACCUGACUGGCGAGUUCCCCGGUGACUACGGCUGGGACACUGCCGGCCUGUCUGCUGACCCUGAGACGUUCAAGCGCUACCGCGAGCUGGAGCUGAUCCAUGCGCGCUGGGCCAUGCUUGGCGCUCUGGGCUGCGUGACCCCCAAGCUGCUGUCCAAGAACGGCGUGCAGUUCAGUGAGGCUUUGUGGUUCAAGGCCGGCGCUCAGAUCUUCCAGGAGGGCGGCCUGGACUACCUGGGCAACCUGUCGCUGGUGCACGCUCAGAACAUUGUCGCGACGCUGGCGUGCCAGGUGAUCCUGAUGGGCCUGGUGGAGGGCUACCGUGUGAACGGCGGCCCGGCCGGCGAGGGCCUGGACCCGCUGUACCCCGGCAAGUCGUUCGACCCCCUGGGCCUGGCUGACGACCCGGACACCUUCGCCGAGCUCAAGGUCAAGGAGAUCAAGAACGGCCGCCUGGCCAUGUUCUCCAUGUUCGGCUUCUUCGUGCAACCAGGAAAAGGCGGCCACGCAACAGGCACACAUGGGGAACACGUGCGAGACAUGAGCUAA